GCCGCUCCGCCAACCCCGCAGCGCCGCGGCUGCCCCGCCCCCGCGGAAAGAGGGAGGAGCCACUUCUACGAUGCGGGGAGAAACCUUAAAUAGACUCGAUCGUUUCCUUCCUCCAUUGCCAUCUCGGGGCACCUAGGGGUAGUCGGACGGCAAGCAGCGUCCCGGUGAACGCUGCAGAGCGUCGCGUCCGGGAGCAAACAUGAGCCGCGAGUACAAACCUGGAGACUUGAUCUUUGCCAAGAUGAAAGGUUACCCCCAUUGGCCCGCCAGGGUGGAUGAAGUUCCUGAAGGAGCAGUAAAGCCACCUGCGAAUAAAAUGCUUAUUUUCUUUUUUGGCACCCAUGAGACGGCAUUUUUGGGACCAAAGGACAUAUUCCCUUACCUUGAAAAUAAAGAUAAAUAUGGCAAACCAAAUAAAAGAAAGGGUUUUAAUGAAGGUUUGUGGGAAAUCGACAACAACCCCAGAGUGAAGUUUUCUCAUCAGCAGUCCCAUCCAUCUGUUAACGCUACCAUCAAGGAAGCUGUUCAAGAAGGUGGUCAGGAGCCUGCUGGAAGAAGUGAAGAAAAAGCAGUAGCUAAAAGAAGAAAGCCUACUGUCCGGAAAUUACACUCUAAACAGGAUAGUUACUUAACUACAGUACCUGGAGUGGAAGAGAAGGAGCUGGGUACUUCUAAGGAAGAUGAUCUAACUUCUGAAAAAAACAGUAAAGAAGAUGUGGUGAAAACGAGUGAUGAUUCUAUUCCUAAAGUUCCUAGAAGAGGAAGAAAAAGAAAGGCUGUAAAACAAGCUGAAGCUGAGGAGGCAGCAGCAGUUCCUGUGCCAGUAUCUCCAAAAGCUGUAAAACAAGCUGAAGCUGAGGAGGCAGCAGCAGUUCCUGUGCCAGUGUCUCCAAAAGUAAGCCCCAAAAGAGGACGACCAGCAGCUUCUGAAGUAAAGGUUCCAAAACCAAGAGGGAGGCCCAAGUCUGUGAAAGUAUCUUGUCUUUCAGAGUGUGACUUUGUUAAGGAGGAGGAGAAGGCAAAGAAAAAAGGACCAGAAGAAAAGCCAAAAAAACAAGGAAAAAAAGAUGAGGAAAGUCAGAAAGAAGAGGAGAAAUCAAAGAAGGAAUUUGACAAAAAGGAAGGAAAGAAAGAGGCUGAACCAAAAAGGAGAAAUGCUGCAAAAGUGGGUUCUGCAUCAGCUUCUGAUUCUGAAGGUGAUGGAGAAGAAAAAGGUGACAAGAAGAAAAGGGGAAGGACCUGCCUGAGCACUUAUAGAAGAUGUGCUUCAAGAGGCCAGCAUGAAAGGGAAGGAACAGAAAGAAAGCGUAAGCAAGAGGAAGAAACAGUAUCUGAACUGCAGAGUAAGGAAGAAGGUAAGAAAACAGAAGUUAAGAAGAUGGAGAAGAAGAGAGAAACAUCAAUGGAUUCUAGGCUUCAAAGGAUACAUGCAGAAAUUAAGAACUCCCUGAAAAUUGAUAAUCUUGAUGUGAACAGGUGUAUUGAGGCUCUUGAUGAGCUUGCAUCCCUUCAAGUCACAAUGCAGCAAGCUCAGAAACACACAGAGAUGAUUCUGACUCUAAAGAAGAUACGGAAAUUCAAAGUUAGCCAAGUUAUCAUGGAGAAAUCUACAAUGCUAUAUAACAAGUUCAAGACCAUGUUUCUGGUUGGGGAAGGAGAUUCUGUUCUUUCCCAAGUACUAAAUAAGUCACUUGCUGAGCAGAAGCAGCAUGAGGAAGCCAACAAAACCAAAGAACAGUGGAAGAAAGGAGCAAACAAAAAAAUGGAAAAGGACCAAACAGGUUCCAAGGUUCUGAAUGGAGGGUCUGAAGCUCAAGACACCAACCAGUCGCAACACAAUGGAGAGAACACUGAGGAUGAGAAAGAUAGGCAUGAAGUUGGCAGUAAGAGAAAGACAUGUGGUGAAGAGAGAGAGCUUGAAAAGCCAGCAAAAGAUUCUGCCUUUGAAAGCAAAUGAUGCCACUGGAAUCUUUUCUUAAAAAAAAAUAUCAAAGAUGAUUGUUAAGUUUUGCAUUUGAAAUCUAUAGACUGCUGAAAGUUUAAAUAAUUUUAUAAGCAUAGUAUUUUGAAGUUAAAUUUUGUGGAAUAAAAGCCCCUUUAAUCUUGGUUUUGAAGUACUUAAACACUUUUGCAAUAGUUUUGUCCAGUAUUAACAGGUAACACAUUUCAAAAGAUGAAAAUUCCAGUUAGAAAUGCUUAAAUGUUACAGGUCUUAGAGUUGUAGUAUAUUUUUACCUGACUACUGUAUGUUUGUCUAGCUAAUAGCAGGAAAAAGUGUAAAUACUUUUAACUGCCCAACUGCUUUCUUUGUAUAAAACCUACUCUCUUCCUAUGGUACUGACGUCUGUUAGUGCACAGCUUUUCAACUCUCGUGGGGAUGUAUUUUCACUGUGUUUUGUAGGAGUUGGAAGCACCGUUUUUCUAGCCGUUAAAAUGUUAAUGGAUACUUAAUCACUUUCUAAAAACAAGUUUGGUUCUGUUUGUGCAAAACGCAUUGUGCCAUCUUACUGCAAUGUGAGUUUAUGGUAUGCUUUUGGUCUGAUAAGUAUACUAGAAAGAAACGUGGUGGUCCCACAGAACCUCUUCAUGCACACUGGUUGGAAAACACUGUCUUGAAUAAUUGAAAUUAAAGAAUUUUGAACUGGUAAAGAGAGACUGGUUCUUAAUACUAACUUGUGUAGACAAAACCAAUCGUAGUAACAAGUGUCUGUUUUUAAUGCUAUUUCAAUUUUGUUGCCUUGGCAUUAACUUGGGGAUAUCUGACUUGAAUUGAAAUUAAAGAAUUUUAAACUGGUAAA